GAGCAAGCUACGCUCUUGCUAAACAAACCAGGCCCCGGCCGGGUGCUUCUCUAUAAAUGCUAUCACAACCAUCGAGUGAAACAGGUGCCUGCUCAUAAUCAGUCGAGUGGUUGAGGAAUCAGGAUAGGCUCUGACGUACAGUGCCGUUCUGGCAAGGCCAGAUCGAGCUCAGGAUGAGGAUGAGGAGCUGCCUGGCCGCCCCAGUGGCGCUCGUCGCCGCCGUGUGCCUGCUGCUGCCGGCGGCGUGCCUGGCGCAGCUGCAGGUGGGGUUCUACAACACCUCCUGCCCCAACGCCGAGGCGCUCGUGAGGCAGGCCGUCACGGCGGCCUUCGCCAACAACUCCGGCGUCGCGCCCGGGCUCAUCCGGCUCCAUUUCCAUGACUGCUUUGUCAGGGGCUGCGACGCCUCCGUUCUCCUGACCGUGAACCCCGCCGGCGGCCCCACGGAGCGCGAGGCGCCGCCCAACUUUCCCAGCCUCCGCGGCUUCGAGGUGAUCGACGCCGCGAAGGCCGCCGUGGAGCGCAGCUGCCCGCGCACUGUUUCCUGCGCCGACAUCCUCGCGUUCGCGGCCCGCGACAGCGUCAACCUCACCGGCAACACCUUCUACCAGGUCCCGGCGGGCCGCCGCGACGGGCGCGUGUCCAACGCGUCGGACGCCAUCCAGUUCCUCCCGGGGCCGAACAGCACGGCGCAGAACCUCACCGACGGCUUCGGCCUCAAGGGCCUCAGCACCGAGGAUAUGGUGGUGCUGUCCGGCUCCCACACCAUCGGCCGCUCCCACUGCGACUCCUUCCUGUUCCGGAACAGGGAGCGGCUGGCGAACGGGACCAUCAGCCCGGCGUACCAGGCGCUGCUGGAGGCGCUGUGCCCGCCCAACACAAGCCCUCUCACGCUCAUCACGACGGAGAUCGACCUGAGCACGCCGACGGUGCUCGACAACAACUACUACAAGCUGCUGCCGCUCAACCUGGGCCUGCACUUCUCCGACGACCAGCUCAUCCGCAACGCCACGCUCGCGCCCUUCGCCAACGCCUUCGCCGCCAACGAGACGCUCUGGAAGGAGAAGUUCGCCGCCGCCAUGAUCAAGAUGGGCAACAUCGAGGUCAACACCGGCACGCAGGGGGAGAUCCGCCUCAACUGCAGCGUCGUCAACCCGGGGUCGUCGGCCGCCGGGAUCGAGAUGCUGUUCCCGGCCGGAGAUGCUACAGCCGACGAGGUAGCCACCAGCUGAUCGAUCGGUUGAGAUGUUAUAUACACGUGCGUGCGUGUAUAAGUGUAGUGUGAUCGAUCGGUGUACAACAACUUGUUUGUUGCGCGCAGUCGUCAGUACACACUGGCCUGGUACGAUGCUAGAGUCGUUGAUGCCUGUGGGUGUACGUGGUAAUGGAACCCUGAAUAAAAUUUGGUUGCAUGGUAAUAUUUAGGGGACUAUAAAAGUGCGUCCAUAGCUCAUCUUUUAUUUCAUCCUUAUCUAGAAGUUGUAUUAGAGCA